GUUUUGAUUAUUAAAAAUUUUAGUUUACCGAUUACAUUUAGUGAAAGGCAAAAAAAAUUUCGUUUAAAAAUCAUGGGUAACUUCUUUUCUCAAUUGGAUCGAAAUAUAUUGGCAAAAGCUGCAGUUGCUGAUUUAGGUAUCCAAUGGGUUGGUUGCGCGGCGGCUUUAUUGUUUAAAACAGAGAGGUUUUAUGAUUUAACAGGAUCUUCGACGUUUCUUUACAUGACGUGGGUCACUUUAACAUGGGCUAAAAGAGGAUCAAAACUACCAAUUUUUCCCCGUCAAAUAAUACAAAACGCAUGCGUUUCAAUUUGGGCUAUACGAUUAGGAACUUAUCUUUUUUCUCGUAUUCUACAUGACGGCGAAGACAGGCGUUUUCGUAAAGCUAAAGAAAGCCCAAUGUUGUUUUGGACAUUUUGGACAAUUCAAGCUUUAUGGAUAUGGACGACUCUCUUACCUACAAUGAUGCUUAACAUAAAAAGUCACGAUAAACCAUUAGGUAUGCGUGAUUAUAUCGGUUGGGGAAUAUUUGCAGCGGGCUUUUUAAUAGAAACAGUUGCUGAUAAUCAAAAAUCUCGUUUUCGUGCUGAUCCUGAAAAUCGCGGAAAAUUUAUAGAUAGCGGUUUAUGGAGCUUAUGUCGGCAUCCAAAUUAUCUUGGUGAAAUUUUGCUAUGGAGCGGAUUAUUUUUACCAGCAUCUUCUGUACUUCGAGGAAAAGAGUUACUCAGCAUUAUAUCUCCAAUUUUCGUUACCUUUUUACUUACUAAUGUUAGUGGUAUUCCGAUACUUGAACAAUACGCUGACAAAAAGUGGGGAAAUCUAGUUGAAUAUCAAACUUACAAAGCCAAAACAGCCAAACUAAUUCCAUACGUUUGGUAAUGUAAUUAACAUUUAUUGUUUUGCUUGUUUAUUUUUGUUAUAGGUUUUUUUCCGUUGUAUGAAAUGCGUUUUUUAUAUGAAACUUAUUUUUUAAUAAAUUGACAGAAAAUAUCCUUUUAAAUUUG